AUGGCUAGUCAUAUCGUGCUCUACACCGGCGCCAAGAUGCCCAUCUUGGGGCUGGGUACCUGGAAGUCCCCUCCCGGCAAAGUGACAGAGGCUGUGAAGGUCGCAAUCGACCUUGGGUACCGACACAUCGACUGCGCCCAUGUGUACCAGAACGAGAAUGAGGUGGGCUUGGCCAUCCAGGAGAAGAUCCAGGAGCAGGUGGUGAAGCGUGAGGACCUCUUCAUUGUCAGCAAGCUGUGGUGCACGCACCACGAGAAGGACCUGGUGAAGGGAGCCUGCCAGAAGACGCUCAGCGACCUGAAGCUGGACUACCUGGACCUCUACCUUAUUCACUGGCCCACGGGUUUCAAGCCUGGGAACGAUAUUUUCCCCCUGGAUGGAGACGGCAAUGUGAUUCCCAGUGAAAGCGACUUUGUGGACACCUGGGCGGCCAUGGAAGAAUUGGUGGAUGAAGGACUGGUGAAAGCUAUUGGAGUCUCCAACUUCAACCAUCUCCAAGUCGAGAAGAUCUUAAACAAACCUGGCUUAAAAUAUAAGCCGGCGGUUAACCAGAUUGAGUGCCACCCAUACCUCACUCAGGAGAAGUUAAUCGAGUACUGCCAGUCCAGAGGCAUUGUGGUGACUGCCUACAGCCCCCUUGGCUCUCCUGACAGGCCCUGGGCCAAGCCCGAGGACCCUUCCCUACUGGAGGAUCCCAGGAUCAAAGCGAUUGCAGACAAGCACAAUAAAACCACAGCCCAGGUUCUGAUCCGGUUCCCCCUGCAGAGAAACCUGAUCGUGAUCCCCAAGUCUGUGACGCCUGAACGCAUUGCUGAGAACUUCCAGGUCUUUGACUUUGAACUGAGCAGUGCAGAUAUGACUACUUUACUCAGCUACAACAGGAACUGGAGGGUCUGUGCCCUGGUGAGCUGUGUCGCCCACAAGGAUUAUCCCUUUCACGCCGAGUUUUGA